AUGCGCCGACUACCCCUUCUGCCACUGGCUCCGGCGGCAUCGGCUCCGGUGGUGUUGGCGGCGAUAUUGAUGAGGGGCUUGUUAUCCGGACGCAGGAUUAUCACACAACGUAGGCAACUAUUUUGGCUGUCAUUGCUGUUGAAUAAUUCUUAUGCUGGUUACAUCCAGGAAUUAUGCUGUCAGCUAAAAAGAAAAGCCACACGCGAAGAAAAUAAUGCGGCUGAGUCGAGUGACUGUAUGAUUGUCACCACUGGAGUUACUGGCAAUCCGCUACUCACCCCAGUGUCUGGAAAAGCUGUUAAGAAUUCUAAAUCAAAGACUAAGAACAAUAAAGCUGGGCCUCAGACACCUACGCCAAAUGUUGAUCGUCGAAGAUGGAAAACAGCGGCAGUGACAAAGCACAAAUUGUUGGAGAGCGUUGGUUUCACGGCUGGACAAGGCGUCAGCGACAAUGUUCAGGCAGCCUGGCCGAAUCGUCUAGAGUCGCUGGUCGAGGAGGAACUUCAGGCUGUAGUGGUCGGUGCAAACGGUGAAAGUGUGACCCCACAGGUCAUGUGGAGCGAAGUCGUCAACCUCGAUGAAGAAAAGCUUGGCGCACCAGUGGCCCGGGACAUAAGGCUCAUCACAGUUGUAGUAGAUGUCUCACGACGCCGUUUGGCAAACUCGGCUGGAGUGAGAUGGAGAAGUGCUGGUGGUGCCGGGGUAGCUGAUGCCGGAGUUGGGGCAGGGGCAAUACAAGGCGCCGCUACACGAGUCCAAGGAGGCUGUGGCUGUGGCGCCGAAGAAGGUGCACGAUGGUGCCGCUCAUUCGCCUUGGCGAAGGCAAUACCGGAGUGGAGGUCAAUGGCCGCUGAAGCUCGCCGUCUUGGCAAAGGCCCUCAGGCAACCUUGUGGCUGGAAGCAAUCUGGGUGGAGGUGGUGGGUGGGCAGGACGUGCCUCAUGGUGGGCUGAGAGCGUGCAGUGAAGUCGUGCUGGUCUGGCCUGCGGGACUUCUGACAAAGAAGUUCAUCAAUUUGCUGAAGCAAGCUGAGGAUGGCAUUCUAGAUUUGAAUAAUGCUGCAGAAACACUAGAGGUUCAAAAGCGACGCAUAUAUGACAUCACAAAUGUCCUCGAAGGAAUUGGUCUUAUAGAAAAGACACUUAAAAACAGAAUUCGUUGGAAGGGCUUGGAUGAUUCAGGAGUGGAAUUAGAUAAUGGCCUUUCAGGUUUGCAGGAGCAAGCCUUAGAUGAGCGUAUAAGUGAUAUGCGCGAAAAGCUAAGGGGGUUAACGGAAGAUGAGAACAGUCAAAGAUGGCUCUAUGUGACGGAAGAUGAUAUCAAGGGAUUACCCUGCUUUCAGAAUGAAACUCUAAUUGCAAUAAAAGCUCCUCAUGGUACUACACUUGAAGUACCUGAUCCUGAUGAGGCUGGUGAUUAUCUCCAGAGGAGAUACAGAAUCGUAUUAAGAAGUACCCUGGGUCCAAUAGAUGUUUACUUAGUUAGUCAAUUUGACGAUGGAUUUGAGAAUUUGGGUGGUGCUGCAACACCUCCAAGGCAUACAAAUGUCCCAAAACCUGGACCUUGUGAAGACUUACAUGCAACAAACGCUACACAAAGCAGCAAAUCAAUCAAUGUGGAAUAUAAUAUUCAGCACAGGCAGAAUACUCCACAAGAUCCUAGUUCUUCAAAUGAUUAUGGAGGGAUGACAAGGAUAAUCCCUUCAGAUGUUAAUACUGAUGCUGAUUACUGGCUCCUAACAGAGGGUGAUGUUAGUAUUACUGACAUGUGGGAAACAGCACGUAUCCUUUGUUUGAUCAUUCAUUAA